GAGUAGGUGAGGGCCAUGGGGCCCUUGACCCUCCUGCUGCUGCUCUUGGGGGCCCUGGCCCUGACGGAGACCUGGGCAGGCUCCCACUCCCUGAGGUAUUUCUCCACCGCGAUGUCCCGGCCCGGCCCCGGGGAGCCCCGCUUCAUCGCUGUGGGCUACGUGGACGACACGCAGUUCGUGCGCUUCGACAACAACUCCCCGGGCCAGAGGAUGGAGCCGCGGGCGCCCUGGGCGAAGCAGGAGGGGCCGGAGUACUGGGAGGGGGAGACGCGGAGAGUGAAGCACAACGCACAGACUCUGCGAGCGAACUUGCUCCACCUGCCCGGCCACUACAACCAGAGCGAGGCGGGCUCUCACACCCUCCAGGAGAUGUACGGCUGCGACGUGGGGCCCGACGGGCGCCUCCUCCGCGGGUACCAUCAGUUCGCCUACGACGGCGCCGAUUACCUGGCCCUGAACCGGGACCUGCGCUCCUGGACCGCGGCGGACACGGCCGCCCAGAUCUCCCGGCGCGAGUGGGAGGCGGCGGGAGAGACUGAGCGCUGCAGGAACUACCUACAGGGGCCGUGCGUGGACUCGCUGCUCAGAUACAUGGAAAACUGGAGGGAGAAGCUGAAGCUUUCAAAUGCCCCAAAGACACAGAUGACCCACCACCCCACCUCUGACCAGAAGGUCACCCUGAGGUGCUGGGCCCUGGACUUCUACCCUGCGGACAUCACCCUGACCUGGCAGCGAGAUGAGGAGGACCUGACCCAGGACAUGAUGCUGGUGGAGACCAGACCUGGAGGGAAUGGAACCUUCCAGAAGUGGGUGGCUGUGGUGGUGCCUUCGGGAGAGGAGCAGAGAUACACGUGCCAAGUGCAGCAUGAGGGGCUACUGGAGCCCCGAGUUCUGACAUGGGUGCCCCCUCCUCAGUCCUCCAUCCCCACCGUGGGCAUCAUUGCUGGCCUGGUUCUCCUUGGACCUGUGCUCACUGGAGCUGCAGUGGCUACAGCUGUGAUGUGGAGGAAGAAGCGCUCAGGUGGAAAAGGAGGAAGCUACACUCAGGCUGCAGGCAGCGACAGUUCCCAGGGCUCUGAUGUGUCUCUCACAUCUGCUGAAGUGUGAAAUAACUGCCCUCUGCAGACGGAGUGAUACAGGAUUUCUCAUCUACCCAUCAUGACUUCAAGAUCCCCUGGUUUCUUUUGUUGCAAAGAGCAUCCUUGUGUGUCUGUGCUCCUAUUAGCAUAAUAUGAGGAGGUGGGAGACUGGCCCAGCCCUGCCCACCAGGACCCUCCCCACACUGACCUGUGUCUUUCCCUGAUGACUUGUCUGCUCCAGCAGGGGCCGGGCUGACUUCACCCCUGCCUGGACUUUGUGUUUUCCUGAGGAAUAAUGAUGCUAUAGGACAGGUGACCGUAGGACAGUUCUCUGUUCCU